AGAGAGAUGGAUAAACUCGUGAUGAGAAUGGCAUGCAGAGCAAGUGUCUGUCUUACUAGGACUCAAGCACCCAACCCACCAUUCGACCACUUCAUUCAGUCAGACUGGCCAGAAAACGUGCUUCCCUCGCCCCGACCAAGCAAGCCGAACCAGCAACCAACCGUCACGCACUGACACACGACAAAUAUCCCCCAGCUGUCUGUCCGCCCCCUCGGAGCCCCAUCCCUGGAUCACUCACUUGUUCUUGCCGCCGAGGUAGGUCUUGAGUCUGUUCUCGAUGAACGAGUAGACUUCGGGCCUCUUGGCGAUCCUCCUCUCCCACUGGCUGCCCUUGAAGUUCUUGCUGCACUUGCUGAUGUUGACCCACAUCCAGCUGCAGAUGGUCCGCGUGAGGUAGGCUUGGAUGGCCAGAGGGAGGAACUUCACUUUGGGGUCGAUCUUCAGGAUGCACCGCACCCGGGUGUUCUUGUCGUCCUCGGGGUACAGGAAAUACGCAAAGUGCUCCACCACCAUACGAAUCGUUCCUACGUCAGGCAGGGAGACACACACGCACCGCACACACAAAACAAAGACAGACCAGCAGUGAGUGGCAACCGGUUCGCGUCUCUUAUAGCUGUAUGUGAGUUCUCUCACCCUUUUGCACAGGCGGCACCUUCGAGCCAAGAAACAUGGUGCUGCGAGCGAGGAACAAAACGAGAGGAAACAGACCCUCAGGUGAAUGCAAAAGCCUGCCUCUGCCGUGUGAUGUGGCACCUGGGCGGCGCGCUUACCUCUCAUCUGGCACUGACCAGGCCACCACCAUGCAACAGCCGUAUGUGGGGUCGUCGAGUGCGUCCACACCAAAGCCAUAGACCACCCCCUCUCUGUGGUUGAGGGGCCACGGCAGCGAGUAGGAGUGCAGCACGAUCUCGGAGAAGCGAGUCGGGUUGCACACAAAGUCGGAACUCCCCAGGAAGGGCACCCACCUGACAUGACAAAGAAGUGUGAAGUGUGUCUUUUGUGUCUCAUGCGUCCACUCACUGACUUUGAGUGCAGGUCGGCCUCGUACACGAGGCAGAGGAUGUUGAAGAGGGGCUCGUGCAGCACCCCCUCGAUCUUGAUCACAGCCGUCCCGUCGUCGUUCAUCCGCCACCAAAAGUCGUACGCCCUGUGCCUCUCGAACGUCCACGAGGGGUCCUUGGACAGAUUCCUGUUGAUCAUCGCAGCCACGCUCUCGACCUUCCUGAACUGCAGGUUGAGCUUCCGCAGCCUCAUGUCGUCAAUGCUCACGCCCACCAGCCUCUGCAGAUGGUCGUUGAGGGCCUGCCGACGCACACGCGCCGACCGGUGCCCGUCGUCAGCAUGCGUCAUGACGAGUGAGGGGCGGCUGGAGGACAUCUGGAUGCUCUCCUCGGUCGGAUACCGAUUCACCGCCGCCCUGUCCUCGGUGUGAGUCGGGCGUCGGUAGACGGGCGCCUUGAGGCGGUCGUCUGAAUCUCCCAUCUGCAGCGGGGCUUCGGCCGGUGCUGCAUGUGCCUGCGAUGCGUCCGCGGCUGUGGCAUUGGCAUGGGCAUGGGCAGCGUCGAGGUUGUCAUAGCUGAAGCCCGCCAGGAGGCUGGUGCCCGUCUUUCUGUAGUGGCUGCCCCGUCUCUGCUCAGGGUGAGGCCCCACCCCGGGGAAGGAGAAGCCGUCUCUUUCCUUCUUGAGGAUCUUGGCCGUCUUGGACUUGAGCCGCUGCAGGUGGUAGUAGGCCAUGGUCACCUUCUCGUCGUCCACGUAUUGGUUGACCUCCGCAACCAUCGACUUGAGCUCCACCAACAGAGGAUGCGGCUCCCCGCCCUCUCCACCCUCCCCGCCAGAGUCGAUUUCUGGCGCUUGUGGGAGGUGCAAGGGGGAGGCAUCAGUGGCAGUGGGGCUGGGGGCUGCUAUGUCGAUGAGGCGGCCGGUCUGGGCUGUGCUCGCCAUUGUGCUGGCGUUGGGGGUGGGUGUGUGGCAGAUGUCCACUUUGACAUCGUCGAGCUUCUGCGUCUCAAAUGCGGUGCCCCUCCUCUCCAACUCGGCGUUCUCGAUGUCCAGCUCCAGAUUGAGAUACCGAAUGUCCUGAGAGGGACAACAGAACAGAACAGAACAGCACAGCCACCGUCCUGUCUGUCUGUCGCCGGUUGGUUCCCUUGGUGGUGCUUUCGUUCUGACCCACCUGAAUGAUAUCAUCUUCGUUGAGUCUCCUGCAGAGGGCCGUCACAAGCUCAAGCGCCUCCUCGCUCUCCGUAAAGACCGACCCCUGCUCCUUCCCCUGCUGCUGGUAGGUGACCUUGGCAGGGCCGCACAGCCCCAUGCAGUGCCACCCCAUGCGUCGCGCCGGGACGACCAUCGACGAGUCCACAAACAGCCCGUCAUCGUCGUGCGCCAAAUGAUCGAAAAACUCCCGCACUUCGCCCUCAACUGAGUGGUGAAUGUCCAGUCAGUCAGGCACACACAGAGAAAGAAGCCUCACAAUUGAUGACGAAAUGUGGUGCUCUUUCAUGGUUCUCUCUCACGGGUUCUUCUGUCUGACCUGCCUGCAGCUGUUCCCAUGCAUCUUGGUGGAGGCCGCUGGAUUGGUAGGACGUGGCGUCAUCAAUCUGGCCGUUCCACUUGUCCACAAGCCUAUAAAGCCGAGAAAGACCUCCUUCCAAGUUCGCCAU